AUAAGAGAGCUGUCCACUUGGAUAGAAUUACUAGGAAGUGUUAACACCUGCACUGUCUGGGACUGUUCUUGGUUUAGUUGCUCCUUUUAUAAUCUUAGUAACACUACUUUUUUUUACAAAAUCUGUAUUUGGAAUAGAGAUGGCGGAUUUUCCUGGGAAAGUUAACACUGAGACAAGCUCACCCCAGCCUCAGACAGGAUUAAGGCAGCACAUGAACAUAUCCAUGGACUUCGUCUUCGUCAAGACCAUUCCUGGAAUUCUCAUGUUGGUGGAGAUUGUUACAGGCAUGCUGGUAUGGGCACUUAUCUCCAGUGCUGCCUACCAGCUGGUCCCUGCCUUUGGUUGGGUGUUGUUUGUGAGUGUGACGCUCUGGAUUCUCACCAUCGUCCUCUUCGUCAUAUUGUUUUUGGGUGUCUAUCAAAAUGUAAGCUUUGUGCCUUGGGCUCUUGCGCUGAUGGUAUUCUACACUGCAGCAACCAUCUUGUAUCUGACUGCCUUUCUAGCCAAUGCAUUUUCUGUUCCUGUAUACAUGUUUGGUUAUAAUUUUGACCGUAUGGUAGCUGCUGCGUUUUUUGGCAUUGUGGUCACACUGACUUAUGGUGCCAGUGCCUUCUUUGCCUACACGGACUGGAGAGGUGAUGGGGGAAAUGCAGCCACUAGCACUGUACCUGUGUAGGAACAUCCUCCAUCCAGACUUAAGUAUGACAUGGAAGAGACCCGGAUGGCAGUGUUUCUUGAAAACCUUCCUUCGGUAUCGAUAAUAGCUGCCCAACCCCCUCCC